GUUUGUGCCGUUGUUGACUGCGUCGCUGCUGAUUCCUUGUUCAGUUCCGUUCCGUCUGCCGGUGAUUACCCUUUGUCGGUAGUCGGAGAUUUCUUGUUUUUAAGCUACUUCUCGUGACAUUGUAUGAGUACUAAAGUACAGAAACCAGUGAUUCAAGGUCAGCGGAUCAAGACCAGAAAAAGAGAUGAGAAGGUUAAGCACGAUCCCGUGGCCUUCCGCGACAGCAUCCUGCGUGGCUUCGCCGAAGCCGGCGCGGACCUAGACGCGCUCAGCAAGUACCUGGACACGGCCGGGAACAAGCUCGACUACAAGCACUAUGGCGAGACGCUGUUCGACGUGCUCAUCGCCGGUGGCAUCCUCGCUCCCGGCGGCUCCGUGCUGGAGGAGGCGGAGGAAGGCAAGCCGUACAAGACCGACACGUGCGUCUUCCAGUCGGACAGCGACCUCGCCUCGCUCUCCAAGUGGGCCCAGGUAUUCACUAAGCUGAUCCGUCGCUACAAGUAUCUGGAGAAGAUGUUCAAGGAGGAGAUCGGCAAGAUUAUGUCGUUCGUGCACGGCUUCAGCGACGAGAACCGCACCCGGCUGGCUCGCAUGAUGGUACUCUGGAUCGCGGACGGACACCUGCCACCCAGCGUGCUCCAGCUCAUGCUCAAGGAACACCUGGUCAAGGACAUGGUCGCCGCCAACUUCAUCGUCGAGUUCUUCGUCACAUGGCUCAAGGCCAAGGACAUGCCGUCGCUCAAGGCCGCGCUGAAGAAAGGUGCCCUGGAACACCGCCUGAUGGAGUUUCUGCCGGCCAACAAGCAGACGGAGGCGUUCUUUACCGAUUUCUACAAGGAGAAGGGCCUCUCCGAGAUCGUCAACUUCCAGAAACAGCAGGCCAGCAAAGAGGCGCGGAAGGACCUGCAGACGAAGCUGGCCGAGAUGCUGAACAACGACGAGCCGCGCGAGUCCGUUAUCACCCAGGUCAAGGAGCUGACCUCCAAGCUGCAGCUGGGAGACCCGGAGGUGAUCACCAUCGUGUGGCCGACCGUCAUGUCGGUGGUGGAGUGGAACAAGAAGGAGGAGCUGGUGGUGGACCAGGCCAUCCGCCACCUGCGCGAGUACAUCCCGCUGCUGAAGCAGUACACGGAGAGCUCGUCGCGCGCCCAGAUGACGCUUAUCCUGCGCGCCCAGGAGUACUGCUAUGAAAACAUGAACCUCAUGAAGACGUUCAGCAAGAUCAUCAUCCUCUUCUACAAGGCGGAUGUGCUGCACGAGGAGGUCAUCUUGCGCUGGUACCAGGACACGCAGGAGGGCAAGGCCAAGGGCAAGACGGUGUUCCUGGAGCAGAUGAAGGGCUUCAUCGACUGGCUCAAGAACGCCGAAGAGGAGGACUCAGAUGAAGAGGAGGACGACUAGAGGAGCGAGCGCCGCUCUCGCCGCCCUGUACAACCGCCCCGCCCCUCCCCCUCCCCUGCCCUCCCCUCCCCCUCCGCUCCCUCAGGCGGCGGCCGCCCCGCGCGCCAAUCGCGUCUGAUCAAAUUUGUGCCGGUCGUCGCGCGCCGCCCGGCUGCGCCCCACCUUUGCGUUCCAGGGGCGGCCGGGGUCGGGCCGCCACGCCCGGACCCGGCCGUGCCCGGUCAGCUCGUCGCCCGCUCUAUGAUUUGUAUUUUUAUACUGGCGGCGGGACAGUAUGGGCUGUGCGGGCGUGCCGGCCGCGGCCGCCGGUCGCACCCAGCCCCCCAAAUUGACGUCUGUGUGUCUCUGGGCGGUGGAAUACAGGACGGUGAGCGGAGCUG